GGGACCCAGGUGUGGUCUCUGGGCUCCGCGAGUGACCCUCUUUCUUGCAAAAGCGGUGCUGAGAGAGUGAAGGUGGCUCUUGGGUAGGCAGUCAAGACUCUGGGGCGGUGGAGAGGGCGGCCGGAGGAUGAGCUCCCCCGGCACCGAGAGCGCAGGGAAGAGCCUGCAGUACCGAGUGGACCACCUGCUCAGCGCCGUGGAGAGCGAGCUGCAGGCGGGCAGCGAGAAGGGCGACCCCACCGAGCGGGAGCUGCGAGUGGGCUUGGAGGAGAGCGAGCUGUGGCUGCGCUUCAAGGAGUUAACGAACGAGAUGAUUGUGACCAAGAACGGCAGGAGGAUGUUCCCGGUGCUGAAGGUGAACGUGUCGGGUCUGGACCCCAAUGCCAUGUACUCCUUCCUGCUGGACUUCGUGGCAGCUGACAAUCACCGCUGGAAGUACGUGAACGGGGAGUGGGUACCUGGGGGCAAGCCGGAGCCUCAGGCGCCCAGCUGCGUCUACAUCCACCCAGACUCGCCCAACUUCGGGGCCCACUGGAUGAAGGCGCCGGUGUCUUUCAGCAAAGUCAAACUCACCAACAAGCUCAACGGAGGAGGGCAGAUCAUGUUGAACUCCUUGCAUAAGUACGAGCCUCGGAUUCACAUUGUGAGAGUUGGGGGCCCACAACGCAUGAUCACUAGCCACUGCUUCCCCGAGACCCAGUUCAUAGCUGUGACUGCCUACCAGAACGAGGAGAUCACAGCCCUUAAAAUUAAAUACAAUCCAUUUGCGAAAGCCUUCCUCGAUGCAAAAGAAAGAAACGACCAUAAAGAUGUGACGGAGGAACCCGGGGACUGCCAGCAGCCGGGGUAUUCCCAAUGGGGGUGGCUUGUUCCUGGCACCAGCACCCUCUGUCCACCUGCCAGCUCCCACCCUCAGUUUGGAGGCUCCCUCCCUCUUCCCUCCACACACGGCUGUGAGAGGUACCCAGCUCUGAGGAACCACCGCUCAUCACCUUACCCCAGCCCGUAUGCUCAUCGGAACAACUCUCCAACCUAUGCCGACAAUUCAUCUGCGUGCUUAUCCAUGCUGCAAUCCCACGACAACUGGUCUAGCCUGGGAGUGCCUGGCCACACCAGCAUGCUGCCCAUGAGUCAUAGCACCAGCCCACCUACUGGCUCUAGCCAGUACCCCAGCCUGUGGUCUGUGAGCAACGGCACCAUCACCCCAGGCUCCCAGACAGCUGGGGUGUCCAACGGGCUAGGAGCCCAGCUCUUUCGAGGUUCCCCUGCACAUUAUGCACCCCUGACGCACACGGUCUCAGCCGCCACGUCCUCUGGCUCCCCGAUGUAUGAAGGGGCUGCUACAGUCACAGACAUUUCUGACAGCCAGUACGACACGGCCCAAAGCCUCCUCAUAGCCUCGUGGACACCCGUGUCGCCUCCGUCCAUGUGAAUUGAACUCGUCUCCAUGUGCUAAGACUUGGAACAACCAGUGUCGAUUGGCUCUUCUUCUAGACACAGCAUGGCAGGCUCUUGGGACAAGGGAAAGAAAGAAAAGCUUGCUACUAACUCCAUUUUCAAGUAAGAGGAACAGUCUGUGUCCUGUUGAUCAUGUCUCACAGCCUCUUGCUUGACACCUGCGGUAGUGAUGUGUGUCCUACAGGUGAAGCCAGGUACAGAGAUGAGGCUAUGGUCCAGUUUCCUGUGACUGGCAGUCCGAAUCCUUUGCCAGCAUCCUAUACCUCGUGUUUGUCUCUUCUACAACAUGUAGGUGACUCUGAUGUACCGGAAUUUGCCCACCCCUGUCCUACUUUAGUGAGACACAGGCACACUUCUGAUGCCCCCUCCUUCUUGCUUUAGAGUAGUUAACUUUGAGGACAGAGACAGAUCAGAGCCAGCAGAUUGUAACUGAAUUGGAAACUGCUCCAUCCUCUGGAAGAUGUCUACUUUAAGCACAUGUAGCUUUUUGUGUUGUGAAGGCAACUGUGUGAUACUUUUCUGUUGACAAAGUAGCCAAAGACAAUCGGCAGAAAGUUUCUUUUCUGCACAAUAAAGGCAAUAUGCAGCACAUGG